UCCACAGCGAUAGUCAGCCCCGAAUCGUCGUCCGUUGAGAGCGUGAGUUCUUUGUGUCUGUGAUAGUUAGACCCAGUGCCAAGUGCUCAGGAUGUUAUUCCUAGCGCCGCGCAAACAUCUGUUUGCCAGCAACCUUAUCAUCCUGCUGAUGAUCUACGUGAUGCGAAAGUGCCUCCAGCUCUUCUGCAUCAUCGAGAACCGCACCGGCCAGGAGGAGGAGCAAGUCCACUUCCCGGAGAGGGAGAUCCUCCAGAGGCGCCGCGGUGGCUUCAAGAUCAUCCCGGAUGCCAUGCACCAGAGCAUGCAUGGUUUCGGUUAUGGAGAGGGUCACUACCAGAUCUUCGUGGAGAAGAAGGAGCGCAACCUGCCCACCAAAUCGCGCCUCAACGCGGCCACAGCCGAAGUCAAGCUGAAUCCCAAUUAGUUGGUCUCUCGGGACCCAAGAAACCAUUGACGUCUUAGGAUGUCAAAGACAAUGUGCCAAUUGAGCCAGC